ACAACCUCACGUCGGAGAAGUCGGUGAAUCCACCAAGCUUCCUCAUAUAUUCAGGCUCGCUCAGCUGAUAUUCUACACAGCUGACAAUAGGAUCUCUCACGUGGCUUCAGUAGACAGACCUCCGCUUGUGAGCCCAAUGAAGGCACUACGACGCCUUGUCGCCCAGUUUCGUCACACUCGCCAUGACAUCCUGGUCAAAACACAGGCCACAGCCGCCGCAGCCGUCGCGCCAGCCGAUGUCGUUACCAAAGACGUCAAGCCCUUCGAGACCAUACCUGGCCCAAAGGGGAUAUACAGUUGGACUCGGUUCAGUGCAAGGCUUCAUUUCAAACCAUUCACAAAUUUCGAGCCUUCUACGAUCCACCAGUUGUUUGAUCAUCUCCACGACAAGUAUGGUCCCGUGGUCAAAACUCGAAUGGGAACGUGGACGGUUUAUGUAGAGGAUCCCACAGAUAUAGAAACUGUCUUCAGAAACGAGGGACGAAUGCCUAUACGUCCACUUCCGCAUCUGCAUGUUCACUACUGCAAAACCAGAGGGAUCAUUCCUGGAUUGGCGUCAAUGCAAAAUGAAGAGUGGUUCAACCUAAGGAGGGCCGUGAAUGCAAGAUUAAUGAAGCCGAACUCUGCGCUUCGUUACCUUGCUGCACAGAAUGAAGUCGCUGAUGAUCUUAUAAGGAAACUGACUAAUCACAACUUUACUCCUGACGAGUUGCAAAAUGAGUUCUUCAAGUACGCAUCAGAAAGUAUUUGCGUAGUUGCAUUCAACAAGCGACAAGGUCUUUUGGAUUCAAAUAUGGAGAAAAAUGCCGACGAAUUAUUCGAUAAAAUUCGACUUUUUUUCGACUUGUUUAUGAAAGGGUUCCAUGCUCCUCCAUUGUUUUUUGGCACCUUCGAAACCCCUUUGUGCAAGCAGUAUUCCAGGGUUGUGGAUUACAUCAGAGAACGGGUCGGUGGUUUGCUUUGUGAGGCAAUAGAGGAUUUGAAACAAAAGGAGAAAAUGGGUCAACUGGAUCUGAAAGAGCCAACCUUCCUCACGUCGCUGCUUGCUCAUGGGACUUUCGGCAUGGCGGAGAUAGAGAUGAUUGUCCUGGAUCUGUUUAUCGCUGGAACAGAUUCAACCGCAAAGAACCUUCAGGUGUUUCUGUACAACAUCGCCCGGCACCCUGACAAGCAACAGAAACUGUUUGACGAGAUACACUCCGUAAUGGGCGAUUCGGGCCCUCUUACAGAAGAUCACAUGGGGAAGCUUGGAUACCUCAAGGCCUGUCUCAGAGAAUCCUUCCGAUUUAUUUAUCCUACUGCGUCGGGUACUGGCAGAAUCAUACCCAAAGACUUGGUGCUGGGUGGCUACAACGUCCCUGCAGGGACGCUGAUUGUGAUGAAUAACCAGCGGUCAGUGAGAAACAAGAAAUAUUUUGACCGUCCGGACGAGUUUAUACCCGAACGCUGGAUCCGAGAUGAAGAUGGCAACAGAAAACGCAUGAUCCCCCCUAUGGCUCUUCUGCCUUUUGGAUUCGGACCUAGAAACUGUCUGGGGAGGCGGUUUGCGGAGCAGGAGAUAUACCUGGCGGCUAUAAAGCUGAUUCAGAAAUUCAAAAUUGAACUGGAGCCCAAUCACGAGGACCUGGAAGUUGAGUACUUCACGUUCGUCUCACCGACUCAGCCAGUAAGGUUCAAGUUUACAAGACGUUGAGACGUCACGCUGUUUCUGAUUGGUGCAAGUAGUAAAGAGACUGACCAAUGAGGAUAAGAGCUUUAGCUCUACACGAACUAAAACUGGCUUGGCUCAACUUCGUAAUCUGAGAGAGGAACCAUGUACCUGAUUCUAAACAACUUGUGUAUAGAUUAUACAGUUGCGGUUGUAUAUAUCUUGUAUACAUGUACAUAUAUAUAACCUUAAUGUGUCAUAUUUUCUGUACAAAUGUAAACUGUGUUAUGCUUUGUUUUGAUAAUUUGCUUUGUUCCUGCAGUUGCAUUCAGUUAAUUACAUUUGUUUCCUUUACUUUGGUAAAUUAAACUGUUCUCUUUAUACGGUCGUAAAUUAUUGCAGGAUUAUUAAAAAAAUAUUUUUAUCACUAUGAACUUAAUGUGGUUACAAACUAGUGCUAACAGGUAUGGCUGCAAACAUUCCAUAAAUAUCUAUCCAUUAUACACAGCUCAGAAGUUUAUACUCCUGAUGUCAACACAGCGGAAGUGGCUCAAGACUGACUAUGUUCAAGUUUAAGAAAUCACUACGUUUCGUACCAUGCAUUUCCAUCUCCCACAAACUAGAAUUGUCAUUUGUUCGUCAGUCUAACUGUGUAUAUAUCAUAAGAAUUCUCCUCAUCCAACGGGCCACGAAUACGAAAAAAGAUACAAUCUAACCCAGAGCUUCAUACUGUUUUAUCAUCAUUGUGGAAGAUGGUCCAUUCUUCAUUUUGCCUCACCCGGUGUUACUGAUAGAUUAGUGGCAGCACGAUCACUUUUAAAGCGAACAUUUGACGUCCGCUUCGAAUGAUUUUGUUUUGCAAAAAUCGAUUUUACAUUACAGGGAUUAUUCAACGUGGAAAUGCUUGUAUCGCAUGAAGUUAGAGCGUCAGUCAGAUUGUUCUUCCGAACACAGUAUUUUACGCCCGCUUCAUAUUUUGAAAUUGAAAAUUGGUUUCGCAAUACCCGGAGAACAUUAUACAAAUGUGUAUCGAAGAGUGUUAGUCAGAACUGGAUGUACAUAUAUGUAAUCUGACACAUAUUUAUUUCUUUUGAUGCGAUUUUCAAUGUGGAUGUAGGAAGUUGUACGUCACCCGAGAACAUCCCUGGAUUAUAUACUAUUCUCAAGACGUUACAGAACACCCGAUGCUUUCAUAUUACUAUAGUUUAUCUUCUUUUGAGUAGCAUAUAUACUGAGGAAUAUUAUUUUAAUCUUAAACUGUGCUGUAUAAUAAUAAUAAUAAUAAUAAUAAUAAUAAUAAUAAUAAUAAUAAUAAUAACAAUAUUAAUAAUGAUUAGGAAAUUAUUAUAACCUUCAGAAAUCGUUAUUACUGUUAUCAGAUGUUUUCUUAUGAUACAAAGUAGACUGUUUAUUUCAACAUUUGUAUAUUUGGGACAUAUGACACCACUAAAUGGAUAUUUCAGACUUUAUAUGUCACAAAGGUUGAUUGUAGAGAAUAUACGGAAGGGGUUUUCUUUUAUUCUUUUGACCAAAGCUGUUUCUUAAAUAUGAUAGUUAGACUAUCGCUUGAAAUUUGACAUUUUCGGUGAUCUCAAAAGGACAUUUAUCUUGUCUUGUCAAUUCACUGGAAAAUAAUAUAACUGAUGCCGAAGAAGCAGCUUUUGUAUAGGAACUUGUGAAUAAACACUCUACAAUUAACCUUUCUACAACUAGUGCUGCCGUCUUGUUAGUAUAAAGGCAAGUGGUCAUUGCUAAGCGAAAUAUCAAUAACCGUGCAAUAUAAACUGUUUCAACAUUACAAAAUAUAUCAGCAGAUCUGAAUGUACAUAUAAUGCAUACACACAGUGCGUUUGGGGAUUCUGGGAGUGCAUUCAGCCAACAUUACAAUCUCACAGAAUGUAUAAAAGGUAUACACUUCACAAUGAUGAUAUAAUUUGUAUUAUUUAUUGAUGAAAUUUUAAUAUGAUAUUAUAUUCAGUAUUAACAAAAUGAGGGGGUCUACUGUUUUAUUCCAAAAAUGUUGACAUGGUUGGGUUGGAUGUUUUAUAUUAAUUAAUUUCUUGUUGGUGAUCAUUUGUUGUUUAUUUUUUGUCAAAACUUUCAACCAGGAAACAGUUUUAUAUCUUACACUAUCCUUAGUUUUCUUCCUCCUAUAGUAGAACAUUCCACCACCUCCUUACCCUCCAUCCCACCCUACUACCACACCACACCACACCACACCACACCACACCACACCCUACACCCACCCCAUCUCUCAACAUCCAUCACAUCCCCCAGCCAAGUCUUAUUUGUGGCCUCAAAUUGCUUUCUAUUGUUGAAGAUGAUAGAGGUCCUUAGAUGUACAUAAUAUUUCGUGCUAAGGAUUGUUUAUCGAGAUGGUUAUUACAGACUCGUCAUUAACAAUGAAUGAUUAUGGAUUGUUGCGAUCAAUGACAAUUUCCUUCAUGGAAAGCGAUCGUUUGUUGAAAUGUAUAGCACUUUGUAUAGACAUGAGAUGCGUGCAGUAUAUGAUUAGCUAUCAAGGGCUAACACUGUUAUUUGUAUAUAUGCAUGUAUAUUUGUAAAUAGUGUAUCACACUGGCUUCCUCACGGCGUGUCAUUGUGUACUCCAGGAAGAGAGUUUUCAUUUGUUACGUGUUACAAAGUUUACCCACUUAGGGACCGACCAUUUGAUUUUCGAGGUGGAGGGGACUGGGAUGUCAUACCCCAAAAUACUGUUGAAAAAAACACACAAAAAACAGGAAUAUCAAAUUGUCGGUCCCUUCGUACUUCAGUUCACAAACGCAACGGGCGUGCUUACAUGCAAGUCUAUAACAUUACUGCGUUCCUUUCGUUUUGCAUUUGGAAGAUUGAGGUAUGGACAUGCAAUAUGACAUAAGGGUCAUUUCCUAUACGCUAAGCUUCGGAUAAGAUGAAAACAGAUAAAGGCAAAUUAGGUCCUAGCAUGGGCAACUGCUGGUGAAACUAGACACUGUACCUGCUGGUCAUCGAAACCUCGUAAAUCCAUCAUCUCGUUAUAGUGUUUAAGACGAUGCACGUCAAUGGUCCCGGAAGAUGCCUAUCGGUAUGAUGGUCAAAAAGCGGUACUCUGCUUGUCUCAAAAAAAGGAUUACUGAACAUAUUAUCAGUUGUCACCGGGACUUCUAAUUAUCGGGAGUUCCCUGUUUAGCCUUCGUUAAGUCUUCUCUGGCUAGCGAGCAAACAUCCCCAAACUAAAUAAUACCGUUUGGUAAUGUUUGAUUUUGUUAUUCCUGAUAAUUUAAUACCACUAACAACUAUAAGUUCCGGGUGCAUAGGUGCUUGGGUUCUCCAACUCACUUAAGAUUAACAAUGCAAGUUGCUCGUUUAAUUAGUUGAAAAGCAAUCCAGUGAAUAAUCACUACUCUCUGCUUGCGAACAGCUUGAUAACACAUACCAACAUCAAUCUCUCAAAAUGCUAAUUGUUAUGUACAAUAUAUAUGUAUUCAUUAAUGAAUAAAUUGUUGAUCAUA